AUGGUAACAGACACAGUAGAUGAGGAACUUUUAAAGCAAUUACCCUCAUGGACGGAAUACUAUGAGAAAUUUGAAAACGAAAAAGGGAAAAAACAAAAAUGCAAAAAUGAUUGCGCGCAAGGUAUAAAGACCGUUCUAGGUUCAGAUCACAGUAUGAAUAGUUAUAAAGAUAAAAUUGAAAAGGCAAUGGGCUAUGUGUACGAAAUGUAUGAAGGACAUACAGAUCCGCUCAAUAAUGUACCCUGUACUUUCCUGUAUAAUUGGGUAUUAAAUAUAUUAUAUAAGAGUCCCAUGAAUGCCCAAAUCAGGGGCAUCGUAAGAUUUAUCUGUACAUUAAUAAAUGAUGCGUAUAAGGAUCAGAAAUGUGAAGUUCUUUGUGAACAGAUUGACCAAAAUAUUUUCAAUCACAGGAAAAAAGUAUUCGAACUUUCCUAUGAUUAUGAAACCGCAACGAAGGUGUUGCAGAAAGGUAAAACCAGUUGUACGGGAAAAUGGUGGGAUUAUCUACAGGGAUUUCAUGAAGCAUGUACUGCUGUAGAGAAAGAUUGUGAAGCAGAGAAGGGACCGGAACAUAAUAAAUAUUGUCAAGAAUUCAACAGUAAGUACGACCUAUAUUGUGAUACGGUUAAGCUAUUAAAAUUGAAGUGUGAACCAAAACCUGAACCAACAGUUAUAGUAAAAGAAGUGGAAAAGGCAUGUUCCCCUGCACCACAGAAAUCCGAUUCUUCCACAAUAAGAGAAGCAGACUUAACUGCAGCUAAAACUACUGCUUCCAUCUCCUCCAUCCUUGGCACACUCGGACUAACGGUUGCACCAUUCCUCCUAUACAAAGUAUGUAAUAAUAGUAACAAUAAAAAAAUAAGAACUAAAUUAUUAACAUAUAAACCAUGGUCUUUUUGGUUUGGUAACCAUUCUAAUGGAGAAGGAAGAAGAAGCGCCAGAAAGAGAAGAUCAGUGGGGAAUGACCUUGAUACUCUAACAGAGAACGAUUCCAUAUUGGGUUCGGCAACAGAAAGUUUAAUGGAUAAUUCCACUGUACGUUCCUCUACUGCCACAUAUACAAGACCGUCUACAAGACAGUCUACAGAGGGAAGAACAAAUAAUACACGGGGUCACGGAAUGGUAGGUUAUCAAAACAUGUGA